UUCGGCUUUGUUCUGCAGCUAGCAACAACGGUGUGUAAUAUUACACAGCGGGAACAGUCCUCUCUAUAAAGACGUUUUCAGUACCUAUAUUGUAUAGGUCCAGCUGCUGUUGUAGCUAUAUUUAUGCAGAAAGUCAUCCAGCCACCUGUGAUGUCUAAAUCGAAGAAUUUAAAAGCCUUUCUGGCUUCAUCUCUGAAUGAGAUUUUUAAGGCGACGGUGAAUGACAUAUUGGACUCGGUGGAGGAGACCUUGUCCGAGUACCAGGAGAAAAUACAGAGGAUUGAGGCGGAGAACGAAAACCUUAGACGAAGUUUGCAGGGACGUGAUGACGAAAAUGGAGGAGCCAAGAAGGACGUUGCAGGAAGAGUCAGUGCUCCUCUCAGUCCUGAACCUGAAAACUGCGUAGUUCUCAAGCAGCCCAGCAGUGAGCUUAAGACAUUGCAGACUGCAGUCACACAGAGCAACGAGAAACGUGUCCUUAAGGAGAAUCGCCGGUUCGGAAAGAAGAAACCCCCUGGCUCUGCUUCCGUUGCAGAACGAGAGGCCAAGCGUGUCACACCAACUGCUGGGACAGCAGCAGGCAGCUGCAAUGACAAAGCCUUUGAUGAUCCAGCAUCGACAAGCGCUUUGGAAUAUGUGAACCAUGACCUUGAUGCAGGGCAGGACUGUGCAAUUGAUCUCUCCACAACUCAGGCAUCACCUAGCUUGGCGAUCAAGAAGAUUAAAAUGGUGAAUGAAGAACUGGAUUAUGCAGACCCAGAACACUAUGUGAAUAUACAGUCCCCACAUAGUCCAGAGAUGGAUUCCAGAGACAGUGACUGUGGAGUAAGUACAACCAUCAUAUCUGAUCAUCACAUGAACAUUGAAGCUAGUGAGGACGAAGUGGCAGAUAUGGGAGAGUCUGAACAAGAGGAUCCCAACGAAGCAUUGAACAUGCAACUUGACAAUGAAUUUGUGUCACAGAAUCACUCUCAGCCUAACGCCUCAGACUCUGAAGCAGAUUUUGCCGGAGGGAGCGACAUGAGUCUGCCCAUAGAACAUGGGCAGCCGGAUCCAGGCUUCUCCAGUGCUAUCAUAGCCUCAGUGUCAAAAACCAGCCAAAACAGCCAAGGCUUCUAUCCAUGUAACUUGUGUGAUAAGACAUUUAGUCGGGUGGGGACCCUCAAAGUACACCUCAGAACUCACAGUGGUGAGAAGGCGCACUGCUGCAGUUACUGUGGAAAGCGCUUUGGCCGGGCGGAUCUACUCAAGGCACACAAGCGCACUCACACUGGAGAAAGACCGUUCAGCUGCAAUGUGUGUGGAAAAAGUUACGGCCAACCGGGUCAGCUCCGAAUACAUAAGCGAAUCCACACUGGAGAAAGACCAUAUUGCUGCCCUCACUGUGGAAAAAGGUUCAGUGAGCACAAUCAGCUGAAAGUGCAUCUACGAACUCAUACAGGAGAAAAACCAUACCAUUGCACUGUUUGCGAAAAGACCUUUGGCAAUGCGGGAAACUUGAGAAUACACCAGAGAAUACACACGGGAGAAAAACCAUAUAGCUGUUCCCAGUGUGAUAAGAGGUUUAAUGGAUUGGGAGAUCUCAAAACACACUACAGAGUGCAUACAGGUGAGAGGCCAUAUCACUGCAAUCUGUGUGAAAAGACAUUCAGUCAAGCUGGGCACCUAACCAUACACAUGAGAAUACACACAGGGGAGAAACCAUACAGCUGUCCAGACUGUGGGAAGACUUUUAGUGUCGCAAGUAGUCUUAAGCUGCAUCAGCGAACUCAUACAGGGGAAAAACUCUACAGCUGCUCAUACUGUGAGAAGACUUUCAGUCGUGCUGGGCAUCUUAAAAGACAUGAACAAGUUCACACAAAAGAGAAGCUGUACUCCUGUACCCAGUGUGAGAAGAGUUACAGCGAUCAGUCAACCCUUAAAAAACACCUAAAAACACAUACAAGCGAUGAGUCCCAAACUCAGAAUGAGGAGUGUUUCAGUGGAUCUGAUACUGACUUGGAAAUUGAGACAGUGGAGAUACUGUAAUGCUAGUGCUGACUUAUUGUAAUAUUCUGUCCUAGAUUUCAAAUAACAUUUUGCUACAUUAUAUGGCACUUAGGAGUCAGGGUUUGUGUAACUUGUUGAUUCUCUGGCCUACUGAAGAUCUGAAAUCCUCCAGGUUGUAGGCAGUUUGUCUCUUGAUAAAGUCUAGCUUCACUGGUGCACAGACAUGGCUUCAGUGCAUCCAAUCAGAUAAACUAAUUUGUUCCUUUAGAUCUUGAGGACUCUGGUGUAAAGAGAACCAGAAGUGCA